CGGCUGUCCGACCCCACUCCGCUACCCGACCACGGACACUACGACGUUUUACGGGCGCCCGCGCGCGCGCGUUGGUGUGAGUGGCCGUCCGUGUUGGUGUGUGCGUAGUUUUGCGCGCGUGUGUGUUGGUGUGCUUUUGUGUGUGGUCGGCCUGUCGUACGACAAUAAUUAUAUCGCGACGAUAAUGUGCGCGAGGGCGACCUAGUUUCGCGUUACGUACACCGUACACUACGUGCCGCCGUCGGUUAAACGACCGUUGUCGUCGCCCAGGUGACUGAUACCCGUCCGACACCAUAACACUCAGCAAAACGAUAAUGAUAAAUAAUUAUUGAAAUAUAAUUUAUAAAUAAUAUUUUCACGGACCGCGACCACCACCACUGGCCGGUUAGUGGGUAGUUAGUAGUUAUUAACUACCACUACAGAGGAACCACACACACAACACACUCACUCACACACGUACACACACUCGCCCCGCAAAUCGUCGGUCGGUUUUUUUUUUUUUUAUUUAUUUAUUUGUUUAUUUUAUUUUUCGACGGAAACCCAAACGGGGUGACACCACAUCACGACGUCGCCUGAUCAUCAUCGUCGUCCAAUUCGCCGUGGUCGUCAUGUCCGACGAACGCCGCGGCCGCUGCCGUGGCUGCGAUGACGACGGCCACCACAGUGACCGCGGUUGUUCCGUGUCUUACGGGAUCGCGGCCGUCGCAAUUGCUGGGUACGCGACUGCCGUGAAAACUGUCAAGUGAUAAUGGUUUUCCACCGAGUCUAGGCUGUCGACCGUCGUGGCCUAGGUUGUUGGUGUGGUGUUGGUCGUUAACUCAGUUGUUGUUUCUGCUGUCGUCGUCACCGCCGCCGCUGGUCGUGGUGGUUGUCCGACACGUCGUCCGGUUCUUACCACGAUAUCGUGUCGUUUCGAUUUUUUUCCAUCAAAUUCCGAGUCGGGUCCGUUCGCGCCCGGACACCCGUUUUUUGUCAGUGUUCGGAUAGCGUGUAAACUACCCGCCGCACACGAUGGCCGAUUUGGAAGCCGUGUUGGCCGAUGUCAGCUACCUGAUGGCCAUGGAGAAGAGCAAGUGCACCCCGGCGGCCAGAGCCAGCAAGAAAAUCGUCUUGCCGGACCCGAGCGUUCGAAGUGUAAUGCACAAAUACCUUGAAAAAAAAGAAGAAGUUAAUUUUGAUAAAAUCUUCAAUCAAGUUUUAGGUUACUUGUUAUUCAAAGAUUUCUGUGAACAUCUACCUGAAGAUGAGCAAAUACCUGAAAUUAACUUUUAUGAUGAGAUCAAAAGGUAUGAAAAAUUAGAAUCAGUUGAUGAGAGAAGAAAAUUAGCUAGAGAUAUUUAUGAUAAUUAUAUUAUGAAAGAACUUUUGUCACAUACUCAUAAUUAUCCUAAAGAUGCAGUAGCUCAUGUUCAAAAAUAUUUGAUGAAAAAUGAAGUGCCUGUUAAUUUAUUUGAACCUUAUAUUAAAGUAAUAUUCAAUCAUCUUCGAGAAGAACCUUUUAAAAAAUUUUUAGAAAGUGAUAAAUAUACUAGAUUCUGUCAAUGGAAAAAUUUAGAACUUAAUAUUUCGCUGACCAUGAACGAUUUUAGUGUUCACCGUAUAAUUGGUAGAGGUGGUUUCGGUGAAGUUUAUGGUUGUAGAAAAGCUGAUACUGGAAAGAUGUAUGCAAUGAAAUGUCUUGAUAAAAAACGAAUAAAAAUGAAACAAGGGGAAACACUUGCCUUAAAUGAGCGUAUUAUGUUGUCUCUAGUCAGUACAGGGGUGGACUGCCCUUUUAUUGUCUGUAUGACGUAUGCAUUUCAUACCCCUGAUAAGCUUUGUUUUAUAUUAGACCUAAUGCACGGUGGUGAUUUACAUUAUCAUUUAGCACAGCAUGGUGUAUUUAAUGAACUUGAUAUGAAGUUCUAUGCUGCUGAAGUAAUUUUAGGCUUAGAGCAUAUGCACCGAAGAUUUAUUGUCUACAGGGACUUAAAACCAGCCAACAUACUUUUAGAUGAGUAUGGACAUGUACGAAUAUCAGAUUUAGGUUUAGCUUGUGACUUUUCUAAAAAGAAGCCACAUGCAAGCGUGGGAACACAUGGUUACAUGGCACCAGAAGUGUUAUCAAAGGGAACAGCUUAUGAUUCAAGUGCAGAUUGGUUUUCUUUUGGUUGCAUGUUAUACAAACUACUUAAAGGCCACAGUCCAUUCAGGCAACAUAAAACCAAGGACAAACACGAGAUAGAUCGAAUGACCUUAACAAUGUUUAUGUUGCAGAAUGUAGAACUUCCAGAUUCUUUUUCAAAAAGUUUAAAAGAUCUUUUAGAAGGACUUUUACAACGUGAUAUAAAUGAAAGAAUUGGGUGUCGAGGAAGGGGGUCUGAUGAAUUAAAAGAACAUCCAUUUUUUGCGGGACUUGAUUGGCAACAAGUAUACAUGCAAAAAUAUACACCACCUCUUAUACCCCCUCGAGGAGAAGUUAAUGCUGCCGAUGCAUUUGAUAUUGGUUCGUUUGAUGAAGAAGACACAAAAGGCAUUAAAUUAACUGAUGCUGAUCAAGAACUUUACAAAAACUUUUCUAUAACUAUAUCCGAAAGAUGGCAAAAUGAAGUUGCUGAAACAGUAUUUGAAACAGUAAAUUCUGAGGCUGAUAAAGCUGAUCAAAAAAGAAAGUCUAGGCAAAAAAAAUUCAAUGAACACAAUGAAGAAGAAUCUGAUUGUAUUCUUCAUGGGUAUAUUAAAAAAUUAGGAGGACCAUUUGCAUCUGCAUGGCAAACAAGGUAUGCUAAACUAUACCCUAACCGGUUGGAGUUACAUUCAGAUUCGGGUUCAGUAAAAACCGAAGUAAUCACAUUAGACCAAGUAUUAGAGGUCAGUCCUGAGUUAGUAAUUGUUAAAAAUGAGCAAUGCAUUGUAUUGCGUAUGAAAGAUGGAAAAGAUGGCAAACUAGUUCUUACCAAUAGUGAUGAAAUUGGUUUAAAAGAAUGGGCAUUGUCAUUACGGUCUACACAUAAAUCCACACAUGAUCUGUUAAAAAAAUUGAAAAAACCAGGGAAAAUGUUCAUACAAGAAGAAGCUGAUCCACUAACAUCCACUACAAACACCAACGGAAAUUAGUUACAUAAUAAGGUAUUAGGUUAAACAAAUCUCUUUGAAUGAAUCUCAAGGCUUCUCUUUAAAUUAAAUUAAAUAUUCUGCUUUAUCCAUCCCUUUCCUCAGUUCCCAAUUUUUGUCGACUAUUCAGAUUUAAUUUGCUAAGGUUAGUGUAACGCUACUUUAUAAGACUGUGGUGUUUCAUUAUUUCUUGUUAUUAUAUCGAGAAGACGAGAACGGAUAGAAUAGAUCAAUCUAAUAAAAUACUAUUUUUUAUACAUUUUAUAAUUUUUUAGUACAAUUUUUUCUAAUACAUACAUUUUUGAGCAUUAUGAAGACCAUAUUUAAAAAAGAAGUUCAUGACAUAUGAAAGUAUUUCUGAUAUUUGGUGCCAUAAAAAUCUUUAAUCUCAAUCUACAAUCAUGUAUUGUAUUUUCUAUUGUACAUACAUAUUUUUUAUUUUACUUAUGCCAGUAAAUCUUUUUAGUCGAGUAUUGUGAAUUUGUAACAGGUUGUUAAAGAUUGUAUAUUUCCAUGUAUCAAUUUAAAAUUACAUUUUCUAAAUUUAAAACUAACAAAACAAAAAUUAUUUGCAUGUCAUAUCUUAAGUAUGUGUAAGAUAAAGUUAUAUUUUACUGUUUUUAUUUUUUAUUUUAAGUUAUGUCGUUAUGCAAUAAAUCAUUUUUCUUGUUACUUUUUCAAAAAUACUCUGAAAAUUCUAAAAUGUUUUAAAAUUUACUUUUUUAGAAAAAAAAAAACAAAAAUUAAAGUAAUUUAUUUAUUAUAUUAUAUAGAUUUCAUUAUUUUGAAUUAGUUUUGUAUAACUAUGAAGAAAUAUAGAUAAUUCAUUGAUAUUGAGAGAUGGGAGGAGGAAAUUUUGUUUUAAAUAUGAAAGUCAAACAUUGGUGUAUUUUGUAGCUUGAAUCGGAAA